GCGGUGACGUCUCUGCAGCGAUGGCGCCCACGCGGCCGCCCGAUCCCCAGAAAAGUGUGGAAGAUGAAAUUGAAUCCAUUCUGCAGGAGCGAAUAAUGGUUUUGGAUGGGGGCAUGGGGACCAUGAUUCAGCAACAUGCCCUGAUAGAAGAGGAUUUCCGAGGGCAUGAAUUUAAAGAUCAUUCCAGGCCUUUAAAAGGCAAUAAUGACCUUCUUAGUAUAACUCAACCUGAUAUAAUCUGUGACAUACACAAGGAGUACUUGCUGUCAGGCGCUGACAUCAUUGAAACUAACACUUUCAGCAGCACCCGAGUUGCACAGGCUGACUAUGGCCUUGAGCAUUUGGCAUAUCGGUUAAACAGAGUCUCUGCACAGGUAGCCAGAAAAGCAGCAGACACUGUAACUGCUCAGACAGGAAUUAAGAGAUACGUUGCUGGAGCCAUGGGUCCAACAAACAGGACACUCUCUGUGUCACCAUCUGUGGAGAGACCAGAUUACAGGAACAUAACUUUUGAUGAACUGGUUGAAGCCUAUACGGAACAAGCCAAAGGGCUUUUGGAUGGAGGAGUUGAUAUCUUGUUAGUGGAAACCAUAUUUGAUACCGCCAAUGCUAAGGCAGCUCUUUUUGCACUCCAAAUGUUGUUUGAAGAAGAAUAUGCUCCCCGACCCAUAUUUCUUCUUCAAGUCAGAGCGGAAUUACAAUAG